AUGGUGUCAGGGGAACUUACUGAUAACGCCAUCGAAGCUCUUGCGAUGAGUUCGGCUACGGGCGAAUUGCGUUACUACGGACCAAGUUCAGUACUGGCCUUUACUACAGCCAUCAGUUCGGUCCUCCGAAGCGUCCGCCUUCAAGGUCCGGGUAUGACUCUCUCCAAUAUACGCAACGAAGCAUGGCGUAAUCUCCCAAGACCUAUACCGGCACCUCUUCCUGAUCAAAUCUUUGGUGGUUUGCUCGCCGACGCUUAUUUUGCCCAUGUGCAUCCUCAGUACCCUUUCCUCCAUCGACCGACAUUCGACUUUUGGGAAAGUAGUGUGCAUGGAGCCAGUGCAAGUAACACUUCACCAGACACUACACAUGCGUACUUUGUCUAUAUGGUUUAUGCCGUUGGUGCUUUGGUGUCUCCCGCCCUGAGCCCGAGUUCAGCAGAAAGCCUAUAUGCCACGGGAGAGCUUUACUUUGAGAAAGUGGUCGGCUUAGAAGGUCUGGAGUCUAUCCAAGCAAUACUCUGCUGUGCCAUGUACUCGAUGCGCUCGUCGAGCGGCGUGUCAAUAUGGACCUUGUCUGGCCUUGCCCUUAGACAGUGCACGGAACUUGGGCUCCAUCGCAAAAUACCCUGGGCUGCCAGUGGAAGGGACGUCCUCGCAACCCAGAUCCAACGUCGAGUGUUCUGGGUAGCUUACAAUCUCGAUCGUAUUGCCGCAGUAUCGACAGGUCGACCAUUUGGAAUUGCUGAAGAUGAUAUUGAUGUAGAGCUCCCGGAGGACGUCAACGACGAAGACAUCACUCCAACUGGCCUUCUAGCCACCCCUCGAACAUCUCAUACGGAGCAUCCUACAACUAUAUCUGCGGGCCUGCAUAAUAUUCGGCUACGACGUAUCUGGGUGUCCAUUCAGACGGUCAUUUACCCGACGCAUGGGGACCCCCCACAAUCUCCAGAAAAUGUGGUCGCGGAAGAUCUCAAGGACAGAUUAAACUCCUGGUACGCGCAAUGUCCUCUCCCACAGACGGGAAAUUUCGCAUUUGGAUCGAAGCAGUGGUUCAGCUUGACGUAUCAUCACACAAUCAUCUUGAUCCAUCGGCAACAACUUGUCUCACACGCUAGGAACAAUUUUCAACCUUCUGAUGACAUGACUCCGAUAUAUCUGGAAUGUGCUAGGUCAGCUUCCACUCUUUGUCAGAUGUAUCAAGAACUAUAUUUCGGCGUUACCGUCGGCUACACCACAGGUGCUUUACACGUCCUUUUCCUUGGAGGUUUGACCUUUUUAUACUGUCUCUGGGUCAGUGAAGGUUGUCGGUUGGCAUAUCGGAGAGACACAGUCGCUGCGAUUUGUACUGCUUGUACUGUCUCACUCGUAAUCAUGACCGAAAGGUGGUCUGCAGCACAGCCAUUCAGAGACACAUUCAAAGCGUUGUCCGAAGCUACACAAUCUAUGCUGGCAACUCAUGACGGAAAAGAAACGCCUGAAACACUCCUUCCGGUUAUUUCUACUGGGCAAAACCCUCGUAUACCUCAAUAUCUCUCCGACAUAGGCUCUUUGGGGAUGUGUGCAUCCACCGAACAUCUCAUCACGCGCAUGAUCAGCCAAUAA